AUGAACCGAGCAUUCCUGUCGGACCUGGCGUGGCGCAUCAGCCUACACCCCAGCUGCCGUGCCGAGCUGCGCCGCCAUUGGCCGGCCCCGCACUACCACAAGACACCCCAUGAUAUCGAGGAGGCUGAAGAGCAGCCCCGGUGCCAAGCGACUGGGGCCUCCCCGCCUGUGGCAGCGGUCGCCAGCCAAGAUGAAAGUAAGAAGAGCGGCGGCGGUGGUAGUUGGGCGUUCAAUCCGUAUGAAACCUUCAGCCUGCGCCUGAAGCGCAAGCGCAAGGAACCCGUGAAGGCCGGCUGUCGAAGCCGCUGUGGCGAGGCGGCUCUGCCGGGGCAACAUCAGCAGCAGCAGCAGCAGACGAGAAUGGACGCAUCGCAGGCGAAAGCGAUGCGGCAAAUCAGAAGUAAUAGCCCCAGCUCGAAUUCGACAAGCUCUCCAGCUCGCGUUGUUGGCGUCAGACUAAACACUUCAAGCGCGUCGUCGCUUACGCGAGCCAGCAAGCUCAGCAGCUCGUUGGUCGUCACGGCAAAGCCAGCAGCAGCAGUAGCGAAUGCGAAAAGAGCAGCGGCCAACAAGAGCAAGAGUACCAGCGCACCCGCAGCGAGUUCCUCCGCGUUGGCCAGCGGCCAGGUCAAGGCCGUAGCCGCCGCUCACCCCUCUCCCAGCACCUUGGCGAGCGCGUCGUCACAACAACGCGUUGGCAGGGUGGUGGAGAGGAGCGCAUCGCUUCCACUCAUCCGCGCAGCAGCAGCAGCCGCCACCGUCACGAAGGCGGCAGCGAGCACGGCAACGAAAGAGUCCGACGAAGUGCCCACAAGUGUCGUCGACGACUCUGCCUCCGCCGCACCUGCCAAAUCGAAGAGGGACAAGAAUAAAGCCAAGUCGGUGCAUGUCGACGCGAACGACACGAAACUGAAGACGGUGCGCAACAGAGCCGCGGCAACGACCACAGGCGGUCCUAGCAUCGGGCCAGCCGUGGCGAAGAAAAAGAAAACCGCUGGACACUGCAGCAGCACCAUCGGCAGCAACGCCGCCGACAGUGACAACGGCAGCGAGAGAGCAGGCUACAUCCGCGAUCCGCUGAAUAUUCGCCUUCCGCACAGUCCGCCGUACCGAGGAAGGCAGACGGCCGGUCGAAACGGGCAUCGACCUGUGCACGUGACGAUUCGUUGGAGCGGUGCACGGCAGCGACGGCGUCGCUUCUUUGCGCAGUACCCAGCCCUCGCGCAGCCGGAGAAGGCGAUGUACCUGCAACAGCUAAUCUGCCGCGCAGAGCCGUCGCCGAGCUUGGAUGGCCGAGAAGUCGCCUUGGACGCGGUCGCGUCUGAAGAAAAGCAUUACAGCGGAGCCCAGGAAAAGGUGCCGCAUCAGGGCUUCACGCCGCCACGGGUGCCAAGAUCGGUGAACUUCUCUGACGCCGCCACGACAGUGGGUCAGUCCGCCCCACGCCCACCCAGUACUGUGGCUGGCACCUUCCUGUCCGACAGCACUCCACGCGCUGACGCGCGGCUGCAGCAGCAGCAGCAGCAGCAGAAACUGUGCUCCGGUGAUAGAAAAGCCGGUCACACGACCACCACCACGGCAACUACAGGAAGACGCGCUUCCCUCUCCUCUACCGGCGGCCAUGCCGCUGCGCGCUUACACGCACGCAUGCGCAGUCAGGGCGAGGACGAGAAGGUUGCCUUGUACGCUGUUGCCAGCAACGCCUCCAUCAACGAAAGCAACAGCGGCGCACUUCCAGUCCGCCCCUUCGCCCGGCAUCCACCGCUGAAGGGCACCUCGACUCUUUCGCAGAGCACCAACACGGCGGCGCGGACGUCGGCGCUCAGUAUCUCUGGCUCGGAGAUGCCAACGCCAUCCAGCACAGAUAAUUACUCUGCCACCCUUCACAGCGCUGUCUGCCGGCCGAACUCGCUUUUCAUCGUUCGCUCUCCUCCGCAGGACUACGCCGACGAGGCCGCGGCCUACGGUUCCUACUAUUACUCGCGCCAAGUCGGUGUGGCAGGGAACUCGAGCGGCCCUCUCGCCGCGAUGGGCCCGAUCGGCUCCCACAGCCUUCACAGUUCAUCGGGUGGCGUUGCCUCCGCCAGCGGACCGAAUCGCCUCCGCGUCACGUACGUGACUGCCAACGCGUGCAGCACUACGCGCACGUGGUGUCAACAUCACCACAGUCUCAGCCACAGCACAGAUCGAGGGUCGAGCCCGUAUCAGCCGUCCAGCUUGGCCCCGGCAAACCCGUCCGCCUCGCAGUCCAUGGCGUCCGCGCUCUCCUGCGCCACCUUGUCCCCGCAUGUGCCGCAGCAGCAGCAGCAGCAGCAACGGCAGAAGGGUGGCGGUCCCCGCGGUGUGGCCCACAUUCAGCGCCCUCACCCCCUGAACGCGGGCGGUCCAAGCUUGCCUGAUCCCAGGCCGAGUGGGAAGGUGUGGUACAACCUGGACAGCCCCACGCUAGUAAACAGCGCCGCCUCGAGAACCGGCGAUGGCGGCGGCGAUGGCGAUGGCGGGGAUGCGCACGCAGAAAGCGCGUUCUCCGCCCUGCCGUCCCCGUCGCCGUCUGCGACCUCGACGCCGCUGCCCUCGACAACCCUCUGCGCCGCCGCCGCCGCGGCUGGGCCAAGGAUAAUGAUGCGGAGCGCGACGAUCAGAGGGGAUGCUGCCACCCAUGCCGGAGGCGGUACGGGCACGCCCCCGCCGCUCAACGUGAAGACGGUGAUGGCGCAGCGGCAUUGCUCAUGCCUUCUGUGCCGGCAGCAGCAACAAGAACGCUCGAGCCCUGCGCCCGUCGGCGACUCCGCCCCUGUCGCCACAGCGUGCAACUCAGGCCCUUUGCCCCAUUUUCCGCACGAGAACUCAUCGUCUUCCUCGGCGGCGGGCACGGUGGCCUUCAGUCCGCCGACAGUGCACGUGGCCUCCAACCCGUCGUGCAGCGACUCUCAACCUCGACGCCAGAAGCUGCAGCAGUCGAGCAUCAUCUCUGCGCCGUCGCCGCGGCCCCCUCAAGCCCCGGUGCCGCUGGGCGUCGCACCUGGUAGCGUGCAGCCCCUGGCAGGGAAACGGGCGACCUCCACCCAACACCGUGCACGCGCAGGCGAAGGUGCGAUCGACGAGCCCCGCAGCUCCGGCGGUGUAGGCAGCAGGGAGACGGACGGCGCGCCGUGCCAUCGCACCUCCGUGCACGCACAGCGGCAGUCGUCGCACUUUUCGUUCACCAAUUUGGCAGAAAUCCGCCGCACUGGCGAGUUGCUGAAGCUGCCGCAGCAGCACUCCCACUCAAAGGUGCCAGCCACCAACCAGCUCAGUGCCGAGUCCUCUCUGCAUCUUUUCGCGACUGGCGAGGGUGGAGUCGACUACAGCAACGCCUCCUCCGUGCAGCUAACACAGCAAUAUUUGGACUCGUCUCCGCAACCCGUCCCGUGCCUGACGACGCCGCACACGCGGCGUGACAGCGAGAGGGAUCUGCAGGCGCCGUCAUUCUGGCAUCCGGUGUACACGGCGACACGCCUCUACGCCGCCAGCGAGAGCACGGCGUGGCUCGAGAACAACAGCUUCGCCACAGUCACAGCCACGCCAGCGAUGUCGACAGUUUGGGGGCACGGCACCUCCACGGGGCCGCACGCGGGCUACCUCUGCAACAGCAACAACUUCAUGUUCUCGGAGCCGGCAACACCGCUCUGCUGGACGCAGCAGCGCAACUCUUCCGGUUUGGUGCCAUCGCACCAGCGGGUGUCGAGCUGCUCUCUCGCGUCGACGUCCCUCCUCAGCCACCCGCACCUACACACACCCUCGUUCGGCACCAUGGGCAGCACCCUUCCACAGGGUGCACGGCGCACUCCGUUGGGCCUGCCUCGCUCACCGUCCUUGGUCACCUCCACUGCGACCCCAACCGCCGCAGCACCGCAGGUGUUCUGCAAGUACCAGCGGCCGGAGCGCCAGCGCCGCCGCCGCCGGUUCCCGCGGCUGCUGCCGGGGACGCGGUGCCCUGGAAUGGCUGGCCGGCUCGCCUUCGACGCCCACCGCGCCGCGGUCCGCAGCGGCGCCAUCGCCGAAGCAGAAGAAUGCAGCUAUUACCUGAGCCAUGAGCGGUGCACCUCGGCAAGCGCCAUGCCAGGCACGUCCUUGACCACCCCGCACCACCGCUCGACUGUGCGCCAGUCGUCGCCGUCACUGUCGCCACUGCUGUCGGGCAGCCCGCUCUGCGUGGUGUCGCUGGCCGACUGUCGCGCCAACUUCUCACACGACGCCGCAUCCACGAGCACAACGGGUGAUGGGCGCAACGCGAAGGCGCACUGGGAUGAGGGAACGGAAGAGAGCGACGAAAUGGGGGACGAGGAUGAGGAGACCACCUUCGGCACGCCGCGCUUCCUAUUUCACAUCCCUCCCUGCUGCGAUGACCCGUACCACCGCGACGAGGAGGCGCUCGAGAUGCUCAGCAUCACCACAACCUCAUCCUGCGCCUUCGGGGCUGGUCUCGACGGGCUCCGCUGGCAGGACUGGAUGCCGUCCUCUCCCUUGGAAACGAGUGAGGUGAUGCUGCGCACAGUGGAGCAGGCCGCCGCCACAGCAACCGAAGCAGCGGCGUCCACGCACGCGCGAGACUCGAACCGCCUCUCCACGAUCGCCGACAGCAAUAAUCGGGGGAUUAAGGAUGCGCUUGGCAGUGGCCAGGCCGAAACAGAGGCGGGCGCUAGGGCGGCCCACGCUGUGGACUCCUUUGUGACCGGCUCAGCAGCCGCUGCAGGCCUCGGUGCACCGAGCAGCAGCGUAGCUACGAGCAGCCGCCAACCGCUCGGUGCGUUUGCGGAAGGCGGAAAAGUCGUUUCGACGGACAUUGCGGCGCCGCGCAACUCCGAGGAUCUCGUCUGCGUGACCUGCCGCGCCAUGGACAGUGCGUCGGCUGGGGGCAUCGGCGAGGGCGCUACAGAUCUGCACGACUCGCCCACGGGUGCGUCGCACGAUUUCAGCAACAGCCUGAACGCGCCGGGGGGCGGCAAGCGGCCGUUCAUUGCGGAGUGGAUCGUGUCGAAGCUGCAGAAGCGUAUGGAGAAGAAGAAGAAGAUGCAGCGCAAGCAGCUGGAGCGCGAGGCCGCCGCCGCGGAGGCGGCCGGAAUGGACAAUACACUGCAGUUUCGCCUCGAGGGCGGGUCGGAGUCGCUUCCAUCGCCCGCCGGCGCGCCGCGGGCGCAUAGCCGCACGUCGAGCAUGUCCGACUGCAGCGACGCCGGCCCGCCGUGCGGUGGCUACUUCAGUCAGGCGUUCAAGAGCUACGGUAGCCGUUGCCUGCUGUGCUCCAGCCCGAUGAUGCCCACUGGUGCUAAGGCCGCGCAGCAGCACCGCCAGCGCCUCGCUUAUCUGGCAGCAGCGUACCAGACGGAGCUCGUCAUUCAUGAGCAGAAGCGGCGCGAGGCGGAGGAGAACCGCCGUGGCCUGGAGGCGCUUGUGCACCGCUACCGCGCAAAGAUGACCCCAGCGGCGGCGGUGGCGGGCUACUACUAUGAGGCUCACGUUGUGACGUCUCCGACCAUUUUUCGGCCGCAUGCGCAGCCGCACAAGGAGUCCUUGGCCACGUCGUCGCUGAAGCCCACCACUACCAACGCGACGGCGGCGGCAAAGGCCGCAUAUACCGUUAGCGAGGGCUCCAGCAACGGCGUCAACCCGAGUGGCAGCAGGAGCUACUCGAUCGGGUCUGAAGAGCACGCCGGAGACGCGGCGGUAGAAGCACACUCGGCUAUGAGCUUCUGGUUUCCACGGAUCCCGGAGCAAGGCAACGCGACUCCACCGCCGCCUCCCCUGACGCACACCAGCAAGGCGGGCAAAGGCCGCUCGAACACAAUAAGUCAGCAGCAGAGCGACACCACUGGUCGCGCUUGUGCGAAGACGACAGCGGCAGCGAGCAGCAGCGAGGCAGCGAAGCUGAAGCCGAGCUGCGCUGCCGCACCCGAGCGACAGCCGCACUGUAAGCGCGAGCACCGGGACUGCCACGCAUUUGCGGUGCCGUCCACGGUGGAGGCGGAGCGGGUGCGUGUGGCGCUGGACACUGUCAAGACAAAGAAGCAAGCCAUCGAAAGCUGGAUCUUCGGUCUGCGCUUGUAA